AUUCACGCACGGUAAACGCGAAAUGUGGCUGGCAAUGUUGAAAUUGCAACGAAUCGCGCCGCAUGGAACGCUACGCACUUUGACAGAAAAUUGCAUCAGGAUGAGUAGCCAAGUAGUAACAGAUGCCAAGGAUACGCUUGGGCAAAAGCCGCCACUCAAAUACGAACGCCAGCCGAAUGUGCUGCGCAAAAAGUUGAGCUCUGUCGUGCCGGGCUCUGUGAAUCUGCAGGUGCUGGGCGCAGGCGCCAACGGAGCACCCGGCGCUGUUUAUCUGUUCACCGACCAGUCCCGUUACCUGUUCAACUGUGGCGAAGGCACACAGCGGCUGGCGCACGAGCACAAGACGCGUCUGUCCCGUCUGGAGCACAUCUUCGUGACACGCAACACGUGGACAACAGUGGGCGGGCUGCCCGGCCUGGCGCUCACCAUACAGGAUGCGGGCGUGCGCAAUGUGGGCCUGCAUGGACCACCGCAUCUGGACACCAUGCUCCAGAGCAUGCGUCGCUUUGUGGUGCUCAAGAAUCUGCAGAUGCAAACAAUAGACAGCACACUGGGCGCCCAGUUUGAGGACUCCAUACUGACCGUGCAGCCGGUUGUGCUGCGCAGCGAGCAGCAGCUAGCGCAGCCCGUACUCAGCUAUAUAUGCAAGCUAAAGCCACGGCCGGGCGCGCUCAAUCUGGUCAAGUGCGUGGAGGCAGGCGUGCCGCCCGGUCCGCUGCUGGGACAGCUCAAAAAUGGACAGGAUGUGACCCUGCCCUGCGGCAAAGUUGUGUAUUCGGUGGAUGUAACGGAGCCAGGCGAAACGGCGCUCUCCUUUGUCUUCAUAGAUGUGCCCAGCGAGCAGUACCUUAGCUCCUUACAGGCCCAGGCCGAGCAGUACAAACAGCUAGCCGCCUCAGAGCUAACUGAGGUGGCGCUGGUCGUGCACUUUAGUCCACCCGAGCUGGUAGUUAAUGCGCAUUAUAGCAGCUUUAUGGCGGCCAACUUCUCGCCCGGCACCCAGCACAUUUAUCUCAAUUCGCCGCAGAAUCCCUUCUCUGGCUAUGCGGCCGCACAUCGCAUUCAAUAUCAGCUGCAUCAGCUGGCGCCGCGCAUCUUUCCACUGCUCGCCGAGUCCACAGACCUGCAACACAGCUGGCAGAGCACGAAGCUUAGCCACAGCCUCAAGAAAACAAAGCUGGAAAACGGACACGGGGCGGAGGAACCAAAGGAAGACAGUGAGGUGCCCAUAAAGGAAAUGAAGCAGCAAGCGGAACAGGGCGUUGUUUCCAUGACCAGCUUUCAUUUAAGGCCCAAAAAGGGAUUGGAUCGCACACUGGAGGCCAAGCUGACGCCCGAGGAGUACAUCAAUGAGACGCAUGCAGUGCCCUGCUUCACGGAGCUGCUCGCUCAGCUGCAGGCCGACAUCCGGGAUACAUUGAAGACGCCGAGCAACAGCUAUCCGCGCAUCAUAUUCCUCGGCACGGGCUCCUGUAUACCCAAUAAAACCCGCAACGUGAGCUCCAUUCUCAUCCAGACUGCCGCGGAGGCGUUUAUGUUGCUCGACUGCGGCGAGGGCACCCACGGCCAGAUCGUGCGUCUCUAUGGACGUGAGCGUGCGCGGCAGGUCAUGCAACAACUGCAGGCGGUUUAUGUUUCUCAUCUACAUGCGGAUCAUCACAUUGGACUCAUUGGGCUGCUGCGCGAGCGACAGCGUUUGGCGCCGGCGUCGCCGUUACUUCUCCUGGCGCCGCGUCAGAUCGAACCCUGGCUGCAGUUCUACAAUCGUCAAAUCGAGUCCAUCGCGGAUGCCUACACGUUGGUGGGCAAUGGCGAGCUGCUGGAGCAGCCGCUGGCCGGCGAGCAGGUGGACCAGCUGGGCAUUGCCUCGAUAGCCACCUGCCUGGUGCGGCAUUGCCCGCAUGCAUUCGGCGUGAGCCUCACGCUGCAGGCGCAGCACGAGGGGGCACCCAUUAAGGUUACCUACAGCGGCGACACAAUGCCCUGUGCAGAUCUAGUGGAACUGGGACGCAACUCGACGGUGCUGAUACACGAGGCAACCAUGGAGGAUGACCUAGAGGAGGAGGCGCGCAUCAAGACGCACAGCACCAUCUCACAGGCCAUACAACAGGGCCGGGAUAUGGAGGCCAAGCAUAUCAUUCUGACCCACUUCUCGCAGCGCUAUGCCAAAUGCCCGCGUCUGCCCAGCAGCGAGGAUAUGCAGCACGUGGCCAUUGCCUUUGACAAUAUGCAGGUCACCGUGGAUGACCUGCAGCAUUAUCACAAGCUCUAUCCGUCGCUGCUGGCCAUGUACGCCGAGUACACCGAGGAGCUGGAGCAGCGAGCGGUCAAACGCGAGCUCAAGCAGGAAAGAAAACGCAAAUUGGCACAAACGUGAUCUGAGCUUUUAGUUUAUACGUGACAGAUAUCGAGAAAUCGUAUGCAACCAAAUGUUGCCAUAAAAUCUGUGACAUUGUUUAUACGAGCUUGCGAAUUGUGUUAAGAUAUUUAUGAUAACUGGCAUGAUAAGGAAACUUAAGAAAAAUCUUGCUUUAGCUGAACUUACGUAAAGGUACUCCUAACUGUAUUAGGUAUUAUAUAUUAAAUUAUAUACUGAAACAACGUUUAUGCGAGUUGUUCAAUUGUGAUAAGGCUCAUGGUAUGUAUUUAUUAGCAUCGAAUACGCGAAAUCAAUGAAAACUAAAAAAAUAUUUAAGCUCCAAAAAACUGAAUAAACCUGAAGUCAUGACUUAA